CUCUAUCUUUAGCUCUGUACCACAGGAACAGUCAGCGGCUUAUCAUCGAUUGCCCCAGGCUCUGCCAUACGCGCUAUUUGAGUCGCUCCAAUCUUAAUUCGGGCCGGUUCGCUCCUCUCCAUCUUUUAAUCUAACUUACUCGACCCAACCAACGCAGAAGAAAUGACAGCCAGGAGCUUUUAUAUGCUGUCCUGGACCUGAGAAACAGUGAAGGAUGUUGUUUUUCCUGAAAGCCCGGGCAUCUCUCUGGCUGCCCGGGGUCCUGCUCUACGUCUGCGCAAUCCUCGCGGGCGUCGGUGCGAGUGUGCCAGCUAGGAAGAAGUGCCCUGACCACAUAGACUGUGCCAGAAUGGGGCGUCACUUCUGCAAGCCUGGCUCCUCCCACUGUGGCGCCUGCCUCUCCCCAUUGGAGGAAGAUGAAGUGGGACACUGUGUUGCUCGUAGGAGACCCAAACAGCACCACCUUGAAUUGUCUCGCACUGAGGUUGACGAAGAAAUCGACUUUCUGUCCUCUGUCAUCGCCAAGCAGCAAAUCUCAAAAGUCAAACCAUCAGGUUCAGAUUCACAAAACCCAUCAGAAUCAAAACCAAACAAUGGGUCUCAUUUCACUUCUGCAAAACCAACACCCCAGACCCUGAAAUCACCAAAGUCUCUCACAGACUCAUCCAACCGUCAUGGGCCAAUCGUCAGCCCAAAUUCUUCCAGAGACGGCAUGCUAGUCUUAAUGAUCUCCUUAACCGUCAUUUUGGGGACUAUUGCAUUCAUCCUCGCUGCUGUCUGCUGGGUCCGAUCACAGAAAGAAACCUAUCUGGCUCAGAAGAUUGACUACCCUGCGUUUCAGCCGACGGGCGCCAAUAAUAAUCAACCCUCUUCUGGGGAUAAUACUUUGGCUCACAGCGCUCAGAUGUAUCAUUACCAGCAUCAAAAACAGCAAAUGAUGUCAAUGGAGAGACAAAAAUCAGAGCCUAAAAUCUCAGAGUCUGGAGCGACAUCAGAUGAAGAGAAUGAAGAGGGAGAUUUCACUGUGUAUGAGUGUCCUGGACUGGCACCGACUGGAGAGAUGGAGGUGAAGAACCCUUUGUUUGAUGACUCCACCUUAAACUCCCAGAGAAAUCACAAGUGACCUGGAUCCACACACACACAUACAGUACACACACCUGCAUACUUUUACAAUACGCACCUAACACACCUAAAGCAUUCCUCCAUAGGGUGACUCCCUGAUUCUGGAAAAUCUCAGUUAACACCUCUCACUCCACCCCUAAAAACUAAGCGAAGAGGAAAUAUACCUAAACGAUUGAAGAAAGAGAUCUGUAUUAAAAUAAAGCAGAAUGCAGCAGUAGUUCAGAGUUUUUCAUUUAGAUGCAGAAAUCUGAACGAGUGCUAACUGGAACUUGACUGUUGUUCCACAUCUUGCUUUCACUUUUUAUGACACAUUUCAGUCCUCUCUAGGGUUUUGCUAUGGAUCUUUAUAGAAAGCUCGUUCAGUUAGAUGUUUUAUUUUUUUGUUUAAUCAGUGUUUUUGUGACGCUGCCUCUUAAAGCACCUCUUUACAUUUUGUGUAGUGUGAUAAUUGUGUAUAACCAACAAAUACACAGUGGUCUCUAUCACA